CCGCGUCCGCGGCGCACUGUGCGACAGUACAAGUUCGUGAUUGCGUUCGAUCGCGUCGUGAUUUCCAAAUUGUCUUCCAAAACGACAUCGAAAUUCUUACAGGAGACCGCCCUGUGUGAUUGGCCAAAACACGAUUCGGCACGUUUCGAGACUAACUAUUAUUUUAUUCGUCGCGUAUCUCACUUCGAGGAAGAAUCAUGUGCGUGCGUACGGUGGUCGGGAUCGAGUCCAGUGAGCCGGUUGUGGUCCAUCAGCAGAACAAGCUGCAAAAAGCGAAAGAAAAGUACAUGAAACUGCACGACGAACUGGUGGCCAGAGAGCUGGAGAUCGUCGAGGAGCAGAAGACCCAGGUGUACAUGCCAGAAAUCGCUGAUGACAUCCUGAAGACCAGCACCGUCAACUACAGCUCGCUUCUGAAGGUUCUGACGAACUACUGCGAGACGAUACAGCAGACGAAAUUCUUCAAAAUUUUGUUUUACACAACUCAACCAGCUCAUGUAAUAAUGAUAGCAGCAGUGUUGUGCGUGACAUCAGCUCUGGUCCCAAUCAAAGACAGAGUGCAAGCUGCUGGUCAUCCUCACUCCAGAGCAGCCUCCUUCAUUUACUUAGCUUCCUUUGUGAUGCAUCUUGGUGCCCAAAUCUGGAUGACUUUUGUCUCAGGUCUUUCUCUAUACUUCGCAUUACCGAGACACGUAUUUGGUGAAGUGCAACGCAUUCUGUUCCCUAGAUACUUCACCAUCAACGCGUGUCUCAGCCUCACUACCCUUCUUAUAUUUAUUAAACAUCAUCCAGCGCAUACAUGGGAUACCGAAAUUGCUAUUCAGGUUGGUGCAAUGACUGGUGCAUUUUUUCUAGAGUUGUUGAUACGACUCUACUUGACACCACCACUUCUGCAAUUAAUAGUGCAAAAGAACACUUUAGAACGUGCCGCCGGAGUGGGAAAUGAAAUUGGUCGCCACAACCCAGGCCCAUUGAAGCACUGUCCACACUACUUAAGAAUGCACAACGCCUUCCGUCGUGUUCACGUUUCCAUCGCGAUGGGGAACAUGCUGACCAUGGGGUGUACAGUUUUGCAUUUAUAUUACAUAGCAAGCAAAUUGUGCGUUCUUUAAAACCACGAGAGCCUAUGCUAAUUUUACUGAACGUAUUUAUUCAGAAUUUCCAAAAUAAUAAGCACUGUUUCAACGCUAUUUUAAUGAGAAAACAUUGAGCAACAUUUAGUGUUUGAUUCUGAGUAUAGGAAGAAUGCUCUUAUGAUUUUAAUUUUCGCGAACGUCAGCAAUUUUUAAUGAAAGUAUCUGACGUACAUUCUCUUGAAAGGAAAAUAAUGAACCCAUAUUAUGUUGGUGAAUUGUACAACAAAAUAUGCUUUGAAUUUUUCCUGUGUUCUGAAAGGUGAACGAGAAUUCUAAGAAUAGAAACUGCGCUUGAUCUAUGAGCCUAUAGAACGAGCAUUCGGUGUAAUCUAGCCACGUUCUUGUCGUAGAAAUUUCAAUUGCGAAACCUUAGGAACAUUUAAAUGAAUAUGAAAAACAUGACUUCUUUAUUUAUUAUCAACGCGAUGCAUUAAUUAUAAUAAAAGUUCGAAGAACGACGGUAUCUUAUUAUUAAUUGCACUCUUUUUUUUUUUCUAGAAAUGUGCGUAUGUGUGGAUUACACGUAUGCAUCUGGACAAAAAAUUUGUUUAAAUAUAAUUUUGUUAUUUAAAAGGAAUGAAUGUUUAAAAAAUCAGUGAAAUGUGGUUUAGAGUGAAAGUGUACUUGUGUUUAUUGUCUUUAUUGUCUAAACCAGUGUGCACGAGAAAUUUAGACGAUUAUCCUAGGAUCUUUGGGACACUAAUUCUUACCAAAGUUUAUUGUAAAUUACUAUUAACAAUACUUUAAAAAAUAUAAUUGACGUAGCGACAUGUAAAUAUUUAUUGAUAUUAUAUCGUAUGAUCGAUUAAUUGGAACAUUCGGAAAAAUAUCACUGACUAUACUGGUAGGUAAUGAAGAGCUUACUCUGUAUCAGAGUUAAUCAUAUUUAUUAAAGUAGCGGUAGUACAUAAUAGUAUGAUCUUACAGCUGUAUGAAGUCGUCAGAUAUUUUAUUAAAAACAAACACGAGAUUAAUUGCGAAAAAAAUUAAUGUAUUUCAAUUGGCUAAUAUUCUGACUCAUGUACUCGCAUUUCAUUAUUGUAAAUAAUGCAUCUCGCCCAUUGCGUAACUGUAAAUUAUAAUACAUCGGACAUUAAUAUAAAUUCUGCUUUUUUUAAAAUUCGUAGUGUGUCAAUUAUGAAUCCUAUCAUGUUACGUCGUCUAUGGAAGAUAUGAUUCUUAAUGAAUGUAUUAUUAGUGCAUUUCAAUUUCCUUCGUACUAAUUUAAAUAAUUUACGUAUAAAAAAACUACUUUUUAAUUACAAUUUCAUGACAUAAUCUUACAUCUUAAAGAUUUUGAAAACUCGUAAGUAUGUAAUCAUAUUAUCACAUAAGUUGUUUCGUUACUAAUUCUAGUAUCACCAAUACUACCACUAUAAGUUUUGUCAUUGUAAUAAAAGAGUUUAACGUU